CUCUCUCUAAAAUAGCAAUUUUUCUCUCUCUCUAGAACUCCAAAAGGAAAAGCGAUAUGAGUGCCCUGAUUGAACAUAACUGAAUUUCAUCACCCUCUUUGUUCUCUUCUCUGUCCUACCGCCCGCUUCCGUUUCCUUCGAACUCCCUACUCUUGCACAGUCUCUCUCUCUAGAGAUCAGAUUGUGACCUUCUGCCCAACCUCUGAGAGAUUCCGAUUCAUCUCUUUCUCUCUCUUACCAUGGCAGGGCCUCCUAUUCCACAUGAACAAGACCCAUCUAUCCGAAUGAGUUGAAAGACCAGGAGCCAUUAAAGCAAGGAGAUCUUUAAUGGAGGAAGAGAAGAUCAGGUCAAGGAAUGCGAAUGCAACUGCGGGGUUUCCAUUGGGCCAAAGACCUCCCCCCCCUUCUAUCCUCGACCGCUUCAAGGCUUAUCUUAGAGAGAGAGAGGAAGAAGAAGAGAUGGGUGUUUCCAGUGAAGAUGUUGUGGCUUUGUACAUGGAGGAGCUCUCCGAACUCACCUUCAAUUGCAAGCCCAUCAUCACAGAGCUAACCAUUAUUGCAGGGGAACAACAGGAAUAUGCGAAGGGGAUUGUGGCUGCGAUUUGUGUUCGCAUAAUCGAGGUUCCAGCUGAGCAGAAACUUCCUUCAUUAUAUCUUCUUGAUAGCAUUGUGAAGAAUAUUGGUGGGGAGUACGUGAACUAUUUCUCUCUACGUCUUCCAGACGUAUUUUGCAAGGCAUAUAGGCAAGUUGAUCCUGGUCAGUAUCAAGCCAUGCGCCACCUUUUUGGUACAUGGACAGGAAUAUUUCCAUCUUCUGUGCUUCGUGCUAUUGAGGUGGAAUUGCAAUUCUCUCCUGUGCGGCGUCCAUCGUCUGGCAUGGCACCAUCUAGACCAUCCGAUUCCCAGCCUCCACGCCCUGCCCAUGGUAUUCAUGUCAACCCAAAAUAUUUGGAGGCACGGCGCCAAUUUGAAAACCCCAAUGUAAUUAAAAGAGAGCGUGAGAAUAAUUUGCAUAUGACAGCUUUUGAAGGAGAACGGAUGGAGAGGGUUGCUUUAGAGAGUCCAGAAGGAUGGUCUGGAGCUUCUCCAAGAUUACAUACUAAUCAACAGGCAAGAGGAGUGGUUUCAAGCAUCCCAAUAUAUGGAAGAAAACCUGCAAGUUACGGUGAUAUAGACUUGGACCACAAUCAGGGGCUUUCCCCAGGAAGAGUUGGAGUUGUGUCUGCAAGAGUUCCUUCAGGAAAUCUAUCUUCGUCGAUAGCUGCACCUGAAAACAAGAUUUUAAAACCUUUAUCUCCUUCAAUAAGUGGGUCUGAAACGCCUUCAUCACCUUCAGAGGGUGCAUUUAUGAGGGAAAUAUCUCCUGCAAGAGUAGGACAUCAAAAGGCUUCCCCAUCUCGUGUGGGGUUUGGAAUGGGCAGAGUGGAUGAAAAGCUUGGGGAGAGGAGUGAUCAGUGGGAAAGGCGCUGGGUUGAUGAUAGUGGGGCUCACCAAAUGGAAACUACUUCUAGUCCAAGCCGAGUUUACAUCCAAAACAAUGGACCUGAUCCAAGAGCAUUGAUUGAUGCAUAUGGAAAUUACAGAGGAAAAGGUGUUAUGCUUGAGAAGCUCCCAAUAAUUGCACCAGGGCCCAAGGUGAAUGGCUUCAGCAAUAUAACCACUGCAACAAAUUGGCAGAAUGCUGAAGAAGAAGAGUAUGUUUGGGAGGAUAUGAGCCCUACCUUGUCCAAUCAUAAGAAGAGCAAUGAUCAUGCGGGUCUGGAUUCUUCUGUUGGGGGCUUUGAUUUGAACUCGGCUUUAGGGAAAAGAAAGGCUGGUUUUCUUGAAUCUGACAUCUCUGGGAACAACUGGAGUAAUCGUGAUCCUGCUUCCUUAAAUUUUGAAGAUAGGACAUCCAUUCGAAGUCGUGGAUUCAUUGGUAGGAGGUAUCCAGUGGGCAUAGGGACUCAAAAUGAGUCACGAUCUCUAUUUCCGGCAUCUCAGGCUAUUCAAGAACGUGGAAACUUGCCACACCAUUUCCCUCACCCUCCCAUUCAGUACCUUAACCCAAGGUCUCGGGUAAAUGACCUUCCAGUGCCAGUUUCAUCAAGUGGCAUUGCUCUGAUUGGCUGUCAACCAUUACCUUCUUAUGUUCUGGAUGCAAAAGCACAGACACAUGGGGGAGCCUCUAGUUUUCCAGUUUCUUCAUACCCUGAAUCUUUGAAUUUAGAGGUUCUCUCCCCUGCAAGACCAGUGCCACCAAGUUCUUUCUCUAUUCAAAAUAACAAACCGCAAGGAUCACCUUCACCAUCUAUUGGACAUAUGGUAUGGGCAUCUGCAAAUGACCCACUUCUGCCAACUUCAGUUUCUGUCAUUCCUCAACAAAAACAGUUGAAACACCAUAUGGAUAUGUCUGAUGUCAAGAAACUAAAUCAGAUGUCAACGCAAUCUUUGCUUUCGUCUCGUAAUCAACUAAAAGGGCUAAAUAAAACACAAAUUCUGCCUGGUUUAAGAUCAUUGGAUCAAACAACACUUGAGCAAGCCACUCCUAUGCUACCUCAAUCACAUCAAUCACAGGGAAUCCAAGAAAUCUUGGUUGGGUCGACCCCAUCUAUAUCUCAGUUAUUAGGUCAAAACCUACAUCGUGGAAGUGUGAGAGGACAAGGAGGUGGGUUAUUGGCAAAUCCAUUACCUGGCAUACCCGCUUUAUCCAGCAUCUCAAAUACAUCCUUGUUGAGGAAAGUUCCACAACCUCCCCUUCCUCUGGGCCCCCCACCAGGUUCAUCACAGACUGGUCUUCUAACUCAAAAUACGGCUUCUCUUAUGGGUCCUCCACCAGGGAACCAUCUUUCUGGGCUCUUUAAAUCUCUUAUGGAUCAAGGUCUGAUCUCAUUGACAAACCAAAGUGCGGUGCAGGGUUCCAUAGGCUUGGAUUUCAAUGCUGAGCAACUCAAGGUGCGCCAUGAGUCAGUCAUCAACGCUUUGUAUACGGACAUGUGGAGACAAUGUGCAACAUGUGGGCUUCGUUUUAACUCCCAAGAAGAGCACUGCAUUCAUAUGGAUUGGCAUGUCACUAAAAAUCGCAUGUCUAAGAAUCGCAAACAAAAUCCAUCUAGAAAAUGGUUUGUGAGUGCUAAGGAGUGGCUCAGUGGUACAGAGACAUUGGGUUCUGAACCUGUUCCUGGGUUUUUACCUGUGGAAACAGUACCUGAAAAAAAAGAAGAUGAGGAAAUGGCUGUUCCUGCCGAUGAAAACCAGAGUGUUUGUGCAUUGUGUGGGGAACCCUUUGAUGAUUUCUACAGUGAUGAAACUGAGGAAUGGAUGUAUAAAGGUGCCGUCUACUUGAAUGCUCCAGCAGGAUCCAUUGAAGGCAUGGACAAGUCUCAGUUGGGUCCUAUUGUGCAUGCUAAGUGCAGGUCUGAGUCAACAACUGGUCAUGAAGAUUUUGAAGGAGCUGACGUGGUUUGUGGUAAUGAAGAUUUAGGUAGGGAGAGAAAAAGGGUGCAUUUGUAGGGAAAAAGCAAGGAUCGGCGUUACUUGUAAAUUAUUGAGAGAUUAUGGUAAGUAAUAUUAUUGAGUCUUGGUACGUGGUUGAAUUUGCAUGCAGUUCCCGCCAUUUUCAACCAUGUAUCUGUGAUGUUGGGUUUUCUUGUACCAUUACAAAUAGAAAUCUUCCUCAACAAAGAAUUUAGUUCCAAUGUCAUCUCUCUCUCUCUCUCUCUCUCUCUCUCUCUCUCAUGCUUUAUAUGUUGAAUCUUGACGGUGGUCAUCUUCCAUUAUAUCUUAACAGAUAAGCAGACCAGCACAAAUUAUUUGCAUUUGCAUGGCUUGCCUGUAACUGUGGCUCCUGAACUUAGAAACUAGCAGGCUCCAUUGUUGAGGCUGCUCCUCCUAUUGCAUAUGUUUUGUCUUUUUUUUUGUUUUGUUACUUUUGAUCUCUUGGCAGGCAACUUAUAUGAAGGUUCCAAUACCAGGCAUGGAUUUUCUCUAAACGCAUUUUGUCUAUAGUCUCGAGGAUCCUAUGUUGGUCGGAGCAUGUCAUAAUGUUUGUAUUGACGAGGAAGCUCUUCUGCUAAAAACUGUGUAUAUUCGAGAAUCAGUGUGUCUGAUGCGCCUUGGUGUUCAUACCUGUUUUCUAUUCCGUGAAUUGCAGAAGAAAGGCACUUGGUUAAUUUCAUUGUGUUCAUGGAUUGUUGAUAAGCACAUUAUAAACUCGGUA